CUGCGCGCUGUGGAAGUGGUGGCCGUUUUCGGUAGUGGUCCGGCGGUUCUUCGCGCGGCGGGCGCGGCCAUGGCGCAGCCGGGGAAGGUGCUUAAGGAGCAGAAGUACGACCGGCAGCUGAGGUUGUGGGGUGAUCAUGGGCAAGAGGCUUUAGAAUCUGCUCAUGUUUGCCUAAUAAAUGCAACAGCUACAGGAACUGAAAUUCUUAAAAACUUGGUACUACCAGGUAUUGGUUCAUUUACAAUUAUUGAUGGAAAUCAGGUCAGCGGAGAAGAUGCUGGAAAUAAUUUUUUCCUUCAGAGAAGCAGUAUUGGCAAGAACCGAGCUCAAGCCGCCAUGGAAUUCUUACAAGAAUUAAAUAACGAUGUCUCUGGGAGUUUUGUGGAAGAGAGUCCAGAAAACCUUCUAGACAAUGAUCCUUCAUUUUUCUGUAGGUUUACCAUUGUGGUUGCAACUCAGCUUCCUGAAAGUACAUUACUACGUUUAGCAGAUGUCCUCUGGAAUUCCCAAAUCCCUCUUUUGAUCUGUAGGACAUAUGGACUAGUUGGUUAUAUGAGGAUCAUUAUAAAAGAACAUCCAGUAAUAGAAUCUCAUCCAGAUAAUGCAUUAGAGGAUCUACGACUAGAUAAGCCAUUUCCUGAACUGAGAGAACAUUUUCAGUCUUAUGAUUUGGAUCAUAUGGAAAAAAAGGUUGGUAGUGUGUGUGACCUUCCAUUUAUAGAUAUACUUAAAACUUUGUUUUUAACCUAAGGUUUUUGAAUUACAAAGUGAGGAAAUACUAUAAACCUCCAUAGUCCUGUCAUCCAGGUCACAUAGUAACAACAUUGUACCUAAUUUGUUUAAAAUAAAUC